UCGGAAAUUUCAGCUCUGAAACAUCGAACUCGAACUUCGAACUUGCAACGUUAACCCACAGCUGCAAUCAUGGCGAAACAAACCCGCCCCUCGGAGCCUAUCCGUGAUUUGAUCAAAUAUUUAAGCUAUACUGAAGGCAGGGAUAAAAUUUACAGAAUCACACAGUAUACCACAAGAUUUCUUCUCUGGUACUAUGGGAAUAAUAAAGCAAGUCAAUUUGCCCUUGAGAAGAUACAGAAUUUAGAAUCCACAGUUUCAAAUUCAAGAAAGUUGUUUCGUAUGCUGAGGUCUGUUGAGUUCUUGCAGAGAGCAUUAGAUGCAUUGGCAUCCACUGACAAUACUGAGGCUAGCUUGCAACUGAUUGGUUACCUAGGAAAAAGUCUGUGGCUUCUGACAGAUCACGUUGUGUGGAUGCACAAAAUUAAACUUUUUGACGUAAACAUUAAAAAAUGGUCUGAGACUUCAGCCCGGUUCUGGCUGAUAGGUCUCCUAGCCCUCACUAUCAAAGACCUCUACAAACUACAGAAGCUCUCCCUCAGCCUCAAGGAGCUCAAGAGAGCAGGUGAGCCAGUCCCGCGCCAGCGGCUAGAGUCAGACAUCACCAAGGCAAGGCUACAGUUCAUCCUCGACUUCUCGGAUGUUUUCAUUCCCCUGGCUGCCCUUGGUUACGUCAACAAGGGCGUCGGAGCCGGUGGGGGGAUCAUUGCCUCAGUCAUAGGGCUUUACCUUGUUUGGCAGAAAACUGUGCCAUGUAAAUGAAGAGACAUCCUUAUUUCAAGUUUGUGUAUGUGUGAGAUAGUGAAUGAUGAUCAGUAUUGAUAUAGAAGUGGAAAUGAAGGAGAAAUAUACAUUAUUUGAAUAUCUAUUUUUUAUUGAGAGAUUUAACAAUUUUACUACACAAGUACUAUUGAUAAAUAUCUUAGAUGCUGCUUGUAAGUGUCGGCUUGUAAGUAUCUUGUUGAUGAUUCAGUGGCUACAUACAGUAGCAAAUAUCCCUUCUCUGUUCUUUAAGGGUAACUGUGAGCACUGGAUGUGGCUCCUGAAUAUAAAGUAUUUCUCUUCGAUGAUAACCAAGUGGAGACAUUGUUGACUUUCAUGGAUUCAAAAUCUUGUGAAACAAAAUCAUGAUAAUUGAGUCAAGGGUAAAAAGAAUGUUUACAUUUAAUGUGCAUGUCUAUUGAGUAAUGAAGUGUAAAUGUUUUAUAUGGUGCAUAGUGAAAUCUUGUCUGAUGUAAAUUAAUUCAUAUUGAUUAGAUCAAAUGGACAUUUAAAAGAGGAAAAUUACAUCUAAAGAGAUCAUGAGAAGUAUGUUUAUCUACAGUCACUUGUUUCAUGUCAAUGUAACAUGCAUUUGGAAUGACAGGAUGUGAACCCAAAUACAUGUAUCACUGCCUCAGUCACCAAUAAGUAUAUGAGUGUUUUUUGUUAUGAUGAAAGAGGCUAGACUAAGGAUGAUUUAGCAGACUUGAAAAAUGCAAAAAAAAUGUACGGGUGGAAAAUUCAAACAAACAUAUUUCAUUCAUGAUUAUUAUGAUAACCAUGUUACAAAUAUUGUUCAUGAUCACAUAAGCUAAAGAAAUAUUUUCCAGACCAGUCUUCCUAGUCACCCAAUGACAAUUCUCCAUUCUUUUUCAUGUCGAUAACUUGACCUAAUAUAACUUGCUUAAAAUUGUUCGUCAAUAUUAUUUUACAGUUAACAUUUACAAUUCUAUAGCCUGGCACUAGCCAGUAAACCCAAUCACACACAAGUACAAACAUGUAUAUGUGUUGCUGACCUAUUUAACGUUCAACUUUUUUGAAAGUAGUUUAAAUUUUAUAUAAAGAAUAAAACUAAUGUUGUUACAUUUGUACCCAACUGUUGAGACGAGACCCAAAUCAGAGACGUAUCAAGCUUCUUGUAUCUCAUAAUGCUUUUUAUUUUCUUCUCUUUUUUUAUUGGGAAGUGCACAUGAAUGCUUUUUUCUCAUGGUUACACACACAACCAAAAUCUUCAAGCAAAUAGAAAUAUUGAAAGUGUUUGAUAAUUCACAUUUAUUCACUUGUGCCUUACUAUAUUAUAUAUCACAAGUUAUUCCAUGUCACAAAUUAAUAUUGGAACAGUAAAAGUAAACAUCAUUACGCAUGCAAAGAAUAUUUAUUAAUUUUUUUUUUUUUGGACUUUUUCUGUGCAUUCAAUUGCAAUUAUAAUUCUGUUGAUUUAUGUUUGAUGGAAAAUUGCAGUAAUGAACAUGGAAUUUAACAUGAGUUUAACAGUAUUUCAAGUUGUGUGGCAUAUGAAGAGUUAAUUAUUGAAUGCUUUUUAUUACCUUUUCAUUUGAUCAUCUCAAUGAUAUAUGAAAGAGUUUAUUUGAUUGUAUGAAUACUUCAGUCUUUGAAAAUGACUAGUAUAUUUUAUUAAAAAGAUGAUUAUUGAAAAUAACACUAAAA